UUUCAGGCAAAGGAUGGCAAGUGCUCGGUGACGUAUCACUUCCACUCAUCAAAGUGCUAUGACUUGUGGUUGCGGCAGCAGCGUUCGCCGUUCAGCAUGGUGUUAGAUGCGCGUACAUCGGUGUGAAGGCUGCCUGGCGGCGUGUGGAGAGCGCCGCCACACCGCCCUGCCCACACUGACACUGCACCGCACGCUAAGCAGAGCCACAUAUUCGAAGCGCGCGCGCCGCUCGCCGUACCGCAGCGCAAAGGAAAAUUAUAACAAGAUGGCGGAGCCCACGCCGCCCUGCCCGCCUGACAACAACGCGCCCCCAAUGCCUUGGUUUGGCAUGGACAUAGGGGGUACACUAACAAAACUCGUGUACUUCGAGCCGCGAGAAAACAACCGUAGAGAACUUGACAAAGAGACCGAAGUUCUGAAGAAUAUCAGGCGGUAUCUGACCAGGAACUCGGCGUAUGGGAAGACUGGGAGGCGGGAUGUCCACUUACAGAUGGAAAAUGUGACGAUCCGAGGACGCCGCGGCACUCUGCAUUUCAUCCGAUUUCCAACUUCAGAAGUGGGAUCGUUUCUCCAACUGGCGCGGUCGAAGGGCAUGGCGGAUCUCGUGAACACUAUCUAUGCUACUGGUGGCGGAGCUUUUAAGUUUGAGGAGGAUUUUAUUAAGGAAGUGAACAUGCGACUAUCAAAACUAGACGAACUGGAUGCGUUAAUAGCUGGCGUGCUUUUUUGUGACGCUAUGAACGCCCAUGAGUGCUAUUAUUGGGCCCCACCUGAAGAGACACCGGUGCACCAAAACGCCAGCGACUCGCCGCCUUAUUCUCAAACAGCGUUGAGCGCGUAUGUGCGAAAGCCAUACGACUUCUCCAGCCCGUAUCCGUUUCUGUUGGUCAACAUCGGCAGUGGAGUUUCCGUCUUGGUUGUGAACGGACCUAACGAUUUUCACCGCGUUAGUGGCACCAGUCUUGGCGGCGGCACAUUCCUGGGACUCUGCAGCCUCCUAACCGGCUGCAGCAGCUUCGAAGAAGCUAUAUCACUCGCACAAGCAGGGGACAAUACGUCGGUAGACAAAUUAGUCCGGGACAUUUAUGGAGGAGACUAUGCCAGGUUCGGAUUGCCGGGGGACUUGGUUGCUAGCAGUUUUGGCCAAAUGUGUUCAGCGGAAAGGCGCGCGAAGGUUUCUCGCGAGGACCUAGCGCGGGCAACCCUCGUCACUAUUACCAACAACAUAGGUGCUAUUGCACGUCUGUGCGCUUCUACGGAGAACAUUGACAAGAUCGUGUUCUGUGGAAACUUUCUCCGUGUGAACCCGCUCUCGAUGAAGCUCCUGUCAUACGCACUGUCGUAUUGGUCGAGAGGGGCGCUCAAAGCGCUCUUCCUUGAACAUGAAGGUUAUUUCGGCGCGGUCGGCUGCCUAAUACAGGUCGACGACAAAAACAAAAGAAGUAGCAUGGAAAAGCAACAUGAAAAACAGUGUACUAAGAACACAGCAGCUAACGCUAACGCCGAGAACUCGACCGAUAGAUGAGUCGACACGCUCUUAGCCAGAUUCCAAAUUAGGCCAAUAACGAUCAAUCAUGGGCUUAGUUGACUAAGGAUGACAAAUGGUUCAUUAGAAUAUAUUUAUUAAGAAAUUGUGAUGUUAGAAGAACCGGCACGCUCUUAGCCAGUUCCAAUUUAGGCCAACAAACACUAAUUAGUGGCCUAAAUAAAUAAAUUGGUGUCCAAUAAAUAAACACAAGAACAUUGUAAUUGCAAAGCCGGCAAUUUUUUCGAUGUAGUUUUACGAACUGCAUCACGACUUCGAACUAGUUAUGCAGUCCGCAUGCUGUUGCGAUCAUGUAUGCCAUUUACUGCACGCCGACUGCUCGCUGCUUGCAAGUCAGCUUAACAGUCGAUAGUUGUGCAUUCACUAUAUAAUAGCACGGCAACUGCAAGCGGACUUCACAAGCAAGUAAUAUUCGUAUCAACUGCAUUCCUACUGUCAUUUUGCAAUUGAAAUGCAGCUCGUAUAACUACGCCCAUAGCCAGAAUCAAGUUAGGCCAUUAGUGGUUAACUUUGGAAAAAUAUUUCCACAGUAAAAAUUUCCAUAGUAAAAAUUUCUAUACUAAAAUUACCGUAGUAAAAAUUUCCAUAGUAAUAAUUUACCCCGUCGACGGAUUUUACUGACCAAAUCUAGACUAGUAACAAGCUAACACAGACUUAGUCGGUUCACAAUUUUGGCUCUUAUUGGCUGAUUUUGGGCGUUUGACUAGAAUUAUCUAAAAAUCUAUUGGUUAAUUCGAAUUGCCGACUCACGCUUAGCCAUACCUUUAAUGUCAACUAUUGUAACAAACAGUAAAAUAGCUUGCUAUGCAUUUUAGAUAAAAUAAUUUUUUUUAAAUAUUUUAACGGCUCGACAAGUUACAUUUGAGCCUUCGCCUUAUUGUGAAAUUUAAAAAAAGCAGUUCCUUAUUAUACAUACGAAUUAACAUUGACCUCAAAGUGAAUACUGGUGCCACCAUUUCAAGGUUCAAUGUAAACUUGUCAGACUUUAAUAUUCAAAUCGUAUUAUAAAGGACCAUGUCGUUCUGACAGUUUUGACAGAAUGACACCUGAUGCUUUGCUGUUAUUUUGAUGCAUAAUAAUUUGUAAUGUACGAUUGUCGUGAAUUUUUUUUCAGAAACUGGUCUUUUUUAUGUAUUAUUUCUUUAAUAAAAUUGCUUUAUAUUUAUAAAACAUUUUCACACUAUCGGUACCGUGGUGUUCAAUGUUGUUCACUCUGUGGGCUCUUGCCCACCUCUAUUAACAACGCCUCACACGUGUUUUCUUUUGCUACCGAAACAUAGUUAUCAUCGUUAGAGCCGUCUAUUUAAAUAUCUUUAUUUUUGCACGAAAGUAAAUAUGAUGAAGUCAUGGACCAAAAUUCGUUUAUGAUUUUAGUAAUAUAGUUCUAGGAGGUUAUUAGUAUUCUAAAAAUAACCCUGUAAAAAAAUCACGUCAAUCGUGCAAAGAAUGUCCAAAUUGUUACAAUUACUUUUUAUAGUUAAUC